AUGCGGCGGCCCCUCGCCGCUUGCUGUCGACUCUGGUGUGCUGAGCCUGAGGGUGCUGAGCCUGGGGGUGCUGAGCCUGAGGGUGCGGAGCCUGGGGGUGCCGAGCCGGAGGGUACAGCGUCUGGGGGUGCUGAGCCACAGCACUCUCGCCGGCGGGAGCCUCUCUCACCACAGCAGCUGCGCGAGUGGUUUGCUCAGCGCACCCGCCUUCGGAGUGGCGCUGCUGGAGCUGGAGCCCCUACUGCUGGAGGCACUGCCACUGGAGGCGCUGGAGCUGGAGGCGCUGGAGCUGCUAGUCCUAGAGGUGCUGGUGGUAGUGCUGGUGCUGGAGGCGCUGGAGCUGGAGGUACUGGAGCUGCUGGAGCUGCUGGUCCUGGAGGUGCUCGUACUGGAGGUACUGGAGCUGCCGGAGCUGGUGGUGCUGCUGGUGCUAGAGGUGUUGUUGCUGGUGGUGCUGGAGGUGCUAGCGGUGCUUCUGGUGCUGGCGGCACUGGAGCUGGAGCUGUUGCUACUCGUACUGGAGGUGCUGGUGCUGGAGGAGCUGGAGCUGGUGGUACUGGUGCUCGUGGUAUUGCACAGCGGCGACCGUUCUUUGCUCCGACGUCGCCGUCGUCUCUGCCACCGCCUGACUCGGUGCUUCGCGAGGUUCUUAGCCUCCCGUCUUCUACUGGCCUUACUCCUCCCUUACUGUGUCCACCGCCUGACCAAUCGCAGCCACAGUUACAGCCAGACUCCCCACUGCCUGCACCUUCUCCUUACACUACGCAGACAGGCUCUCUUACAGAGCGCCGUAAGCCUGAGUCUCAUCCUGUCUCACCUGUUCGAGCUGUUUGCACUGGUCGUCGUGUUCCUCGUCCGCGUCCUCCUCCUGUCCCCGGCACUCACACUAUGGCACUUCGUCCUUCCUCUGUUCCACAGCGUGUCCCCCUGCCGUCUCCUCCUGCGUCCUCUCUUCCGCACGUUCCGGACACUAAGUCUGACUUGGUUCGUGCUGCUAGCCCUACUGUCACACGUCUCCUAGCCACUGUUGUCACUGACCCUUCGUUUGAGUCCACUGCUGCGUCUGCCUUAGUUGCUGAGCUGGUUGACUUUGCUGCUGCCUGUCGUCUCGACUACGCCGCUAGUCUUGUUGCUGAGUCUGAGUCUGACUGUCCUCCGUCCGUCGGGGCUGCUGUACCUCAUCUCGUGGCCAUGCUGCUUGCACCUGAGGGAGACCCGGAUGCAGUGGAUAUCCCGACCCCGCGCUCUUACACAGAGGCGAUUACGGUUCCCCCUCCUAGGGCGAACAUAGUCGAUGGCAUGUGGAUUUUCAGGGUGAAUCAACCGCCCGGUUCUCCGCCUGUCUUUAAGGCUCGUUACGUUGCACGAGGCUUCAGUCAGCGGCAGGGAGUUGACUUCUUCCAGACCUUCUCCUCUACCCCGAAAAUGACCACUCUUCGGGUGUUGCUGCACGUUGCUGCUCAGUGUGACUACGAGCUUCACUCUCUUGACUUCAGCACAGCUUUCUUACAGGGCAGCCUGCACGACGACAUCUGGCUACGCCGCCCACCUGGCUUCACUGGGUCGUUUCCUGCAGGUACCCAGUGGAGCCUCCAGCGGCCAGUCUACGGUCUCCGCCAGGCGCCUCGUAAGUGGCACGACACACUGAGGACGACACUUGCGGCUCUUAGGUUUGCUCCUUCGACUGCUGACCCAUCGCUGUUUCUGCGCACUGACACUUCGCUGCCGCCGUUCUACAUCCUCGUGUACGUUGACGACUUGGUUUUUGCCACUGCUGACACUGAGGCACUGGCCCUUGUGAAGUCGGAGCUGCAGAAGAGAUACACGUGCACAGACCUGGGUGAGUUGCGCAGCUACCUUGGCUUGCAGAUCACCCGGGACAGAGCACGGUGCACCAUCACCCUGACUCAGUCACACAUGGCCCACCAGGUCCUUCAGCGCUUCGGCUUCCGGUUUUGCUCGCCGCAGUCCACUCCUCUGCCUACAGGUCACUCGCUCUCAGCUCCACCUUCGGACGAGUCCGUAGAACCGAGUGGCCCGUAUCCAGAGCUUGUGGGCUGCCUCAUGUACCUGAUGACCUGCACUCGACCUGACCUUGCGUACCCUCUUAGCAUCCUGGCACGCUACGUUGCGCCCGGGAGACACCGACCAGAGCAUGGGGAAGUGGCUAAGAGGGUGUUGCACUACUUGUGCAGUACAUCGGGCAUGGGGCUCGUGCUUGGAGGACGGGGUCGGAUUGUCCUCACUGGACACUCAGACGCGUCUUGGGUUGACGACCUAGCUACGCAGCGGUCGUCACAGGGUUACACGUUCAGCCUUGGCUCCGGCUCUGUUUCUUGGCGGUCUACCCGCUCGUCUUCUGUUCUCAGCUCCAGUUGUGAGGCUGAGAUCUACGCCACAGCCAUGGCUGCACAGGAGUUACGCUGGCUCACCUACCUGCUGACCGACUUGGGAGAGCGGCCUCAUUCUCCUCCAGUUCUGUACGUAGACAACAAGGCCGCUAUUGCCUUGUGUCAGGAGCACAGGCUGGAGCACAGAACGAAGCACAUCGCUCUGCGUUACUUCCUUGCUCGAGAGUUGCAGCAGCGUGGUUAG